CUGUGAGGGAAAUCGGCAGAAGGACACGCCCCUUUUGACGUCACUCACCUGCAUCCCCCAGACCUUGCACGCACCCUGCCCAAACUUUCCAAAAGGACUCUGUCCCUCCAGACCGAGAGCCAGAUUGACAGUCAGACCCAGAACCAGAACCAUGACGGGCAUCGCCGCCACCGUUCAGCACCGCAGGGACCAGGACCGGGGCAUCGGCUCCUUCGGCCAGGCGCUGAAGUUCCUGAACCAGGAUUACGAGGCUUUGCGGCGGCGCUGCUUGGAGAGUGGCCGCCUGUUCCAGGACGAGACCUUCCCGGCUCACGGUUCCUCUCUGGGAUUCAAGGAGCUGGGCCCUGAAUCCUCCAAAACCCGCGGGGUGUCCUGGGAGAGGCCGACGGAGUUGACCUCCGACCCGCAGUUCAUCGUCUCCGGAGCCUCAAGGACGGACAUCUGUCAGGGAGCUCUGGGUGACUGCUGGCUGCUCGCCGCCAUCGCCUCUCUGACCCUGAACGAGGAAGUUCUGGCUCGAGUCGUCCCACACGGGCAAAGCUUCAGGAAUGGAGAGUACGCAGGCAUCUUCCACUUCCAGUUCUGGCAGUUCGGGGAAUGGCUGGACGUUGUCAUUGAUGACCGUCUGCCAGUCAAAGAUGGAGAGCUGAUGUUCGUCCACUCAGCAGAGGGGAGGGAGUUCUGGAGUGCUCUGCUGGAGAAGGCCUACGCCAAGUUGAACGGAUGCUACGAGGCUCUGUCUGGAGGAUCCACCACGGAGGGUUUUGAGGACUUCACCGGCGGGAUCGCUGAGGUCCAUGACCUCAACAAACCGGAUCCACAUCUGUUCCACAUCAUUCAGAAGGGUCAGAACCGUGGGUCUCUGAUGGGCUGCUCCAUAGACAUCACAACCUCAUCAGACUCUGAGGCAGUUACCUCUCAGAAGCUGGUGAAAGGCCACGCCUACUCUGUGACGGGGACAGCUCAGGUGGAGUUCCGUGGAAACCUGGAGGAGCUGAUUCGGAUCAGGAACCCUUGGGGUCAGGUGGAGUGGACCGGAGCCUGGAGUGACAACUCGGCUCAGUGGCGUCAGAUCAGUGACGAGGACAGAGAGCGUUUGAGUCAUCGCUCAGAGGACGGAGAGUUCUGGAUGUCCUUCAAUGACUUCCUGCAUCACUACUCCCGGCUGGAGAUCUGUAAUCUGACGCCGGACGCCCUGAGCGACGACUCCGUCUCCAAGUGGGCUCUGUCCAAGUUCGACGGAAGCUGGAGAAGAGGGUCCACUGCUGGGGGCUGCAGGAACUUUCCCAACACGUUCUGGACGAACCCCCAGUUUGUGAUCCGGUUGGACGAGGAGGACGACGACCCUAAUGACGGCGAGAGCGGCUGCAGCUUUGUAGUCGGCCUGAUCCAGAAGAACCGCAGACGCAUGAGGAAGAUGGGUGAGGACAUGCACACGGUGGGAUUCGCCAUCUACGAGGUCCCUGAGGAGUUCUGUGGCCAGAGGAACGUCCACCUGAACAGGAAUUUCUUCCUGAGAAACGCAUCAGCUGCUCGCUCCGAGACCUUCAUCAACCUGCGAGAGGUCUGCAGCCGCUUCUGCCUCCCGCCGGGGGAGUACCUGAUCAUCCCGUCCACCUUCGAAGCCAACAAGGACGGGGACUUCUGCGUCCGCGUUUUCUCAGAGAAACAAGCAGAGUUCCAAGAACUGGACGACCCCAUCGAGUCCAGAGUGGAGAAGAUCGAGAUUGAUGAAGACAACGUAGAUGAUCGGUUUCGGAGUCUGUUUGGACAACUGGCGGGAGGGGACUGUGAGAUCUCAACCCAUGAGCUUCUGAAGAUCCUCAACAAAGUGGUGACCAGACGUUCUGACAUCAAGACAGACGGCUUCAGCAUCUCGACGUGUCGCAACAUGGUCAACAUGCUAGACAAAGACGGCAGCGGCAAACUGGGUCUGCUGGAGUUUAAAGUGCUGUGGACCAAAAUUGACAACUACCUGAAAAUCUACCGUCAGAAGGACGUUGACAACUCUGGGACGAUGAGCUCCUCUGAGAUGCGGACGGCUGUGGAGGAAGCAGGCUUUAGUCUGAACAACCCGCUGCAUCAGGUCCUGGUGGCUCGGUACAGUGACCCGGACCUCACCAUCGACUUCGACAACUUUGUGAGCUGUUUGGUUCGUCUGGAGACGAUGUUCGACACUUUCAAUAUGCUGGACAAAGACAACUCGGGAACUGUUGAGUUCAACCUGAUGGAGUGGCUGAACGUGUCCCUGCUCUGAGGAACCUAGACCUUCCGGAUCUCUGCAGAACUAUGAUCCAUGUGAUGAAUGUCAAUGGUUUAUUACACACUUAAAAUGUUUAUUAAUGAUUAUUAAAUAUUAAUAAACUCA